UUUCCGGGCCCCGUGGGCCAGGUGGGGGAGGGCAGCGUGCACAGUGGCUGAUGGGCGGUGACCUGGGUCUGUCUACUGGAUGCGUUCUGCUGGAAGAUGGCACACAGGGGCCUUCUGGCUGGCCUCAUGCUGGCUGCCUUUCUCCCUCAUGUAAGCCCCUUCAAUAUAAUUGUGGAGGAACUUGAGGACAAAGUGUUGGUGAACUGCAAUACCAGCAUCACACAGCUAGAGGGGACGAUGGGAACCUUCUUCUCAGAUGAUAAACAACAGCUGGACUUGGGAAGAUACAUCCUGGACCCACGAGGAGUAUACCAGUGUAGAGGGACAGGCAACUUUGCCAAAAAAGUGUCUACUCUGCAAAUAUAUUAUCGAAUGUGCCAGAAUUGUGUGGAGCUGGACUCGGCCACCAUGGCUGGCAUCAUCAUCACUGACAUCAUUGCCACUCUGCUCCUCGCUUUAGGAGUCUACUGCUUUGCUGGACAUGAGACUGGAAGGCUCUCUGAGGCUGCUGACACUCAAAUUCUGUUGAGGAAUGAUCAACUCUAUCAGACCCUCGGAGACCGGGAUGAUGCUCAGUACAGCCAUCUUGGAGGGAACUGGUCUCGGAACAAAUGAACCUGAAUCUGGUGGCUUCCAGAAGUAUCAGUUAUCACCUGCACCUUCCCUCCUCACUCAAACAAUAAAGAUGUCCUCUUCCACUCA